AUGCGGUGUUGUCUAACGAGUGCCGGACUCUUGUGGAUGAAAGAUGGUUUCAUCUCGUUGAAGAUUAAUUUGGAACAAUUUAAUAGCUAUCCUUGGGGGAACUUGUCGUACGAGUACACCGUAAAGUUGUUCAAACGAAAAACUCUCGGUAUUAAAAAGAAUAUAAAUGCGAUAAAGUAUUCUCUGCAUGGAUUUCCCCUCGCUAUCAUGGUUUGGGCAUUUGACGCACUGCCUGAGCUUAGAAGAAAAUAUGCUCAAACUUAUGGUAGUGGCAGACUUCCGAGAAUGAUGUCUUGGAAAAUGAGUAAACAAUGGCGAAGCGAGCAAAUUAGUAUGUUUUUCAACGCGUCGGAGGAAUUCGGUAUAACCGAGGAAGAAGCAAUUGUCCCUAAAGAAGAAGAAGAAGAAGAAGAAGAAGAAGAAGAAGAAGAAGAAGAAGAAGAAGAAGAAGAGGAUAAGGAUGAGGAGGAUGAGGAAGAGGAGGAGAUGAGAAUAUUUUCUGAGCAAAUGGAGAUGAAGAUGGAGAUGAAGAUGGAGAUGAAGAUGGACCGAAUGGAGAUGAAGAUGGAGACUAAGAUGAACAAAUUGUUUGACCGAAUAUAA